AAUAAUAAUAAUAAUAAUAAUAAUAAUAAUAAUAAUAAUAAUAAUAAUAAUAAUAAUAAUAAUAAUAAUAAUAAUAAUAAUAAUAAUAAUAAUAAUAAUAAUAAUAAUAAUAAUAAUAAUAAUAAUAAUAAUAAUAAUAAUAAUAAUAAUAAUAAUAAUAAUAAUAAUAAUAAUAAUAAUAAUAAUAAUAAUAAUAAUAAUAAUAAUAAUAAUAAUAAUAAUAAUAAUAAUAAUAAUAAUAAUAAUAAUAAUAAUAAUAAUAAUAAUAAUAAUAAUAAUAAUAAUAAUAAUAAUAAUAAUAAUAAUAAUAAUAAUAAUAAUAAUAAUAAUAAUAAUAAUAAUAAUAAUAAUAAUAAUAAUAAUAAUAAUAAUAAUAAUAAUAAUAAUAAUAAUAAUAAUAAUAAUAAUAAUAAUAAUAAUAAUAAUAAUAAUAAUAAUAAUAAUAAUAAUAAUAAUAAUAAUAAUAAUAAUAAUAAUAAUAAUAAUAAUAAUAAUAAUAAUAAUAAUAAUAAUAAUAAUAAUAAUAAUAAUAAUAAUAAUAAUAAUAAUAAUAAUAAUAAUAAUAAUAAUAAUAAUAAUAAUAAUAAUAAUAAUAAUAAUAAUAAUAAUAAUAAUAAUAAUAAUAAUAAUAAUAAUAAUAAUAAUAAUAAUAAUAAUAAUAAUAAUAAUAAUAAUAAUAAUAAUAAUAAUAAUAAUAAUAAUAAUAAUAAUAAUAAUAAUAAUAAUAAUAAUAAUAAUAAUAAUAAUAAUAAUAAUAAUAAUAAUAAUAAUAAUAAUAAUAAUAAUAAUAAUAAUAAUAAUAAUAAUAAUAAUAAUAAUAAUAAUAAUAAUAAUAAUAAUAAUAAUAAUAAUAAUAAUAAUAAUAAUAAUAAUAAUAAUAAUAAUAAUAAUAAUAAUAAUAAUAAUAAUAAUAAUAAUAAUAAUAAUAAUAAUAAUAAUAAUAAUAAUAAUAAUAAUAAUAAUAAUAAUAAUAAUAAUAAUAAUAAUAAUAAUAAUAAUAAUAAUAAUAAUAAUAAUAAUAAUAAUAAUAAUAAUAAUAAUAAUAAUAAUAAUAAUAAUAAUAAUAAUAAUAAUAAUAAUAAUAAUAAUAAUAAUAAUAAUAAUAAUAAUAAUAAUAAUAAUAAUAAUAAUAAUAAUAAUAAUAAUAAUAAUAAUAAUAAUAAUAAUAAUAAUAAUAAUAAUAAUAAUAAUAAUAAUAAUAAUAAUAAUAAUAAUAAUAAUAAUAAUAAUAAUAAUAAUAAUAAUAAUAAUAAUAAUAAUAAUAAUAAUAAUAAUAAUAAUAAUAAUAAUAAUAAUAAUAAUAAUAAUAAUAAUAAUAAUAAUAAUAAUAAUAAUAAUAAUAAUAAUAAUAAUAAUAAUAAUAAUAAUAAUAAUAAUAAUAAUAAUAAUAAUAAUAAUAAUAAUAAUAAUAAUAAUAAUAAUAAUAAUAAUAAUAAUAAUAUUAAUAAUAAUAAUAAUAAUAAUAAUAAUAAUAAUAAUAAUAAUAAUAAUAAUAAUAAUAAUAAUAAUAAUAAUAAUAAUAAUAAUAAUAAUAAUAAUAAUAAUAAUAAUAAUAAUAAUAAUAAUAAUAAUAAUAAUAAUAAUAAUAAUAAUAAUAAUAAUAAUAAUAAUAAUAAUAAUAAUAAUAAU